AUGGCGACGACAUCCUAUUCGCGCUCGUUGACGAGUGCUUUCAAGAGAUUGAAGGUCUGCUAUACUGAGAUCGCCACUCCUGCUACCGUCUAACAUGCUGAGCAGCUCUCUCGGGCACCCCCUGCAGUACACCAACAAACCCGCUGCAUCGAGAUAUCCACCGGACAGGCAGCACCGGCGAUAUCAGAAUCUCUCCCACCGCUGCAGCAGAAGCCCAUUCCCGCCUCUCUGGAACAGGAGCUUGCGCGAAUCCGUCUUCCCAAAGCCGUACAAGCAACCUACCUGAAGCCCCUCAAGCACGAAGCGCGCCAUGGCAUCGUCUCCGCCGACCUCCAAUUGCGCUCCUACAGCGUCCGCAACCUCGAACUCUACACCGACUUCGCCAUGCGAGCAGCAUACUACCUCGGCCUCCCGGCGAAAGAGCCGCGACCUCUCCGGCGCAUCGUGGAGCGAUACACCGUGCCGCGCAGCAAUUUCGUGCACAAGAAAUCACAGGAGAACUUCGAGCGUGUGACGAAGAGGAGAUGGAUCCGCAUAUUGGAUGGACAUCCCGAGGUCGUGAGUAGGUGGUUGGCAUUUCUGAAGCAGUAUCAAUACUACGGUGUUGGUAUGAAGUGCGAUCAGUGGGAGUGGGGAGGUCUGGAUGUUGCCAAGGAGAUGAACGCGAAAGCGGAGCCAUUGAUCAAGGCUCUGACGGCGCGCCGCCAGCGGAAGACGAUAACCGGGGCGGCAAAGAGACUGAAAAGAGUCUACACUGACCGAAUGCUUGCGAAUUCGUACAAGGGACAGUGGGGUGCCCUGGCACCCAUGUCGAGCGCUCAGAGCAUGUUCAAGCCGCCCAAAGGCGGGCUUCGUAGGGUAUUGCUUCAGCAGAUGCGAGAAAGAAAGACGUCCUGA